UCAGCCGCGUGGUAUUCCUCAAACAUUUACUUCAAUUUCUUACUUCCUAAGCCAAAGAGAGUGAGAGAGUUUGAUCCAAAGAUGCCUCGUGGGACGCUUGAAGUUAUUCUGAUAAGUGCAAAAGACCUUCAUGACAGUGAUUUUUUCGGAAAAAUGGAUCCUUAUGUGAUUCUCACUUAUCGCGCACAGGAGCACAAAAGCAGUGUUGCAAAAGGUGCAGGAUCUACACCUCGUUGGAAUGAAAGCUUCCUUUUCACAGUUUCUGACAGUGUCUCUGAACUUAAUCUGAGGCUAAUGGACAAGGAUCGGUUCCGUGAUGAUUUCAUUGGUGAGACAAAAAUUGAUCUGGAACCAGUGUUUCAAGUAGGGAGCAUUCCAGAAACUUCUUACAAUGUUGUGAAGAACCAAAAGUACUGUGGGGAGGUUAAGGUGGCAAUCACCUUUAAUCCUGAGUGGAAUUGAGGUGGCUACAGCGAAGAAUAAAGCCGUAUGGAAAGAAUAAGUUAUGGAGUGCAAGGGAAUCCAAUUGGAUGAAAGGAUUCACAUGAUUACUAGCAGUGAUAUGCCUAAAUUUCUUGGACCUAGCUAUAAUUAUCUUUUUGAAUAAUAAGUUGUCACAAUUUCAGUGGACAUUUUGUUGAAAUGAUUUAUAGAACUUGCAUGAUUUUCAAUUCAAUUUUAAUUACCUAUUUUCAAU